AUUGUAAUAAAAAGGUACAGCGACAUCCAAGAGCUCGGUUCGACAUAAUGAGGUSAUAAAGUGCUCGGUAUAGUUAGGAUUUCGUGUGAUACGAAAUACUAAAUCAACUCAUGGUCGAUUCGAAUAGGAAAUGAUAGAAARUCAGUUCAUAACCGAAAGCAUUUGAUUUCUCCAAAAUAAUGUUUUUAUAAAUAAUAUUCCACGGCAUUCAUUUCUUCCAGGUGUUCUCUGUCCUUUCUAAUAAGUCAUUUAAUUAUAUUUUUGGCCUCCAGCGGCGAGAAAAGCAUUACAAGGUGCCGGUGAUAACAUAUGCUAUGAAUUUAGCAUGGUUUCUUGCUUGGACAAUAUCUCUGGAAAUCAAUAGAAAUCAGAUAUUUGAGAAUAAUUUGUCGCAUUUUCGUUCUUAAGAGCUCAUAAUGAUUCAUCUUUCUCUCAUUAUUUUAAUUUUAUGACUUUUAAUGAUUUAUGAAUAUUCAUUAUGAUGGUAGUUAUUAUGAGGUGUAUAAAAUGUCAUUAUCAUCGAGUGUCCCCUAGUAUUUUUAACUAUGAUUAUUUCACACCACUUGSUCUGGCCAUUUCCUCUGAACGGUCAAGCUUUACAAAACAAAAACAACUUCUCACGUUAGGAAAACUACUUUUAAUGAUUGACUUGACGUUUUUGGUCAAGUAUGCAAGUCUUAAAUACGAAGUUUCAAUUGAAAAUGACGCAAAAUUACACUAGAUUUCCUUGAAGUUUUUGCAAAAAGGAGAUYUUCCCGUUGUAUUCGCGUCAAGUUUAUUUUAAACCUAGCAUAUUCCGUCGGAAGAAAAGAGAUUUUGAUAUGGCGGCAARAAAAUGCAAGAAAAUUUCGAUUUCUUUGGAAAAACUAACUGAUGAGAGGUCCAAGAGGGUUAAAGCGAAUACUCAGAUAUUUUUCACGGCGUCGAUGAUGACAUCAAAGACGGCUCGAGUCAGAUCGUCCAGCCUUCUUCGUCAAAGCAUUUUGGAUUCAGUGGAACGCAAUGUGGGAACAAAUAUCAGCAUUCAUCAGGCUUGUCGCGAAGGAAUUAUUGACAUUGUCGCAAAGCAUCUUGGGAAUCCAAACACUGCCAUAGACGACCUUGAUUCCAAGGGGUUUGCACCCUUACACUAUGCGGCUCGCUACAAACAGACAGAGAUCGCUUCAAUGUUACUCAACUAUGGAGCUGACGUAAACAUCGUUUCUGGCUUUGAAUGUCGAUGCAUGACACCGCUUCACUUGGCUGUUCGCAGUAACUGUUUCGACGUUGUUUGUCUCCUGCUUGAGAAAGGAGCAGAGCUGGACAAACGAUCYUUCUUUGGACAACACGCCUUGCAUUAUGCCGCAAGAAGAUCAUCAAUUGAUGUCAUUAAGCUUCUUCUUGAUCCAAAAGUCUCUCCUAAGGUAACUGACAACGAAGGGUGUACGCCUCUCCAUGUGGCUGCAGCGUUUGGUAGACUUGAUGCGGUUAAAUUACUGCUGAUGUACGGUGCCGAUCCAUGUCAAAUGGACUGUGAUCAGUGUACAGCCAUCCAUUGUGCAGCCAAGGAAGGACGUCCUGAAAUACUCCGAGAACUUCUCAAAACAGCAUCCAUGGCAGAAGUCUCGUUCUUUGAGGUUCUUAACACUGAUCGACGUGACACUAACUCCAGUCUUCACCUUGCGGUUGAAAACGGCCAUGUUGAGUCUGCUAAAGUCUGUAUAGAGUACGGAGCAGAUCCCUCAGCUGUCCAGGAUAAUCUCGACACUCCUUUGCACGUCGCUUGUAACAAUGGACACGACGAGAUGGUCGCUUUGUUGUUGUUUCAUGGCGCUGCCAUCGAUGCUGAAGACAAAGAUGGUAUGACUCCAUUACUAAGAGCGUCGCUUGCUGGAAAAGUUGGAAUCAUAGACAUCCUCCUUAAUGAGGGAGCAAGUGUCUUGCCUCCCCCUGGAUCAUCGUUACCAGCGCCGUUGCUUUGUGCUGUUAARAGAGGUCACCACGAGGCAGUCACGUACUUACUUCAGCGAGGCUCUCCUAUYGUUUUACGCGAUUCACAGUUCCGGUCAUGUCUUCACAUAGCAGUCUAUACAGCRGGCAUUGAAACUGUCAAGGUCAUACUAAAGAAUGGCGGUUGUGUUCUUCUUGACUCGCGAGAUAAAGAUGACAAAAUUCCCAUGCAUUACGCGGCUGCUAAAGGUGAUAUCGAAAUAAUUGAGGAACUACUACAAGCGGGAUCCAGAGUUGAUUUACGCGACGAGGACGAGAAGCUGCCUCUCCACUACGCAGCAGAGAAUGGUCAUCUUGARUGUGUCCAAGUCCUUAUAAAGAAGCUUCCAUCGUCAGUCGACAGCAUCGAUUCGCACUUAUGCACCCCACUGAUAUACGCAACAAUAGGUGGCCACAGUCGCGUUGUACGCUAUCUUCUUAAUAAAGGAGCCGAAACAGACAAUAGGGACAGUGAUCACAUGACACCUCUUAUCCACGCAGCAAAGUGUGGUUGCUGUAUCACUACUGAAACGCUAUUGGACAAUGGAGCUAAGAUUGACGCUGUCGAUAAAGACAACAAUACGGCGUUGGUGACCGCAGCUGUUUAUGGGAAGUCUUUGGUCGUUACCAUGCUCCUUGACCGUGGGGCUGAUGUGUCAAUUAUUUCCCUUAGUGAUCAUAACUGUUUGACUGCUGCCACGGCAUUUGGCCAUCGACAUGUCUGUAUGGCCAUUGUAAACCACUCCAGAUGGGAAGAAGCCUGCCAGUUUGAAAACAGUGAUGGUCAUCCGCCAAUGAAAUCUUUGAUUGAACAAUUCCCUGAUGUUGCCAAGGUCAUCAUGGACAAAUGUAUCAUGAAAUCUCAUCAUCAGAAAAACCAUGAAAAGUUCGAGGUACAAAAUACGAAAGAUAUAAUGUACAUUGAUUAAAUCGGAACUAACUGGCGUUUAUUCUAUUGGCAUCAAAAGGUAACMUAUCGAUUUGAGUACCUCGACCCAGACCCUCACGGYCAAACAUUUUCACGUGAGAAAAAGUUCUUUGCUCCAAAGUACAUGCUACAGGGUGUUCAUAAAGAUCUACUUUUUCACCCACUCACACUACAACUCGUCCGCUACAAAUGGAAGUGCUUUGGACUACGGUUUUUCUACGGGGCUGCUAUUCUACACGUAUUUUUUGUUCUGCUCUUAACUUUGUAUAUUAUGUGUACAAACAAUAUGUUCAUUGUUGACGAAAUGAAAAAGAGAAAUAUUCCUGUCUCUGAUGAUCAAGAAUGGGGGAUUUGCACUAACGACACCAUAGCAACGUGGGGAUUGUUCAUUCUUGUGAUAUCUGUCUUUAAUCUGUGUAUUGAAGGCUAUCAAAUGUAUGUAGAGAGAUGGGGCUACAUCGAUACCAGCAACGUAGUAGAGCUGUCUACGUUUUCUUGUUCUUUGGUGGCUGUCAUAAUGCGCUCGCUUGAUUAUUAUAACCUACACCCAGAAUUAUUCUGGAGUUUUAUCGUCGUCGCUGUGCUGUUUACCUACCUUAC